AUGGGGGAAGCCGAGCAAUCCCCUCGAAGACGUCACAUUCUCUCCUCCAUCAACCCCGAGCAACAUCGAAGCAGCAGAAGGAGGAGCCGAUCACCAAAGUCUCCAUCUCCAGUUGACGUGAAACGAGAAUCGUCGCUCGAUGCACCACUAGGAAAAGAGAGUGACAACGCCCGGCGCAACGAUGGAGAGAGAGAUACUACAGCUCCAAGACGCUCACGUCUUCGGCUGAAGGACCAUCACAGAUCUCGUCGCAGCUCUCGCGACCGGCAUCGAUACCGCGAGCGGGAUAGCGAAUAUGAUACUCACAGACGAUCGCAUCGCCGUCAUCACCGACGCCAUCGGCGACAUCGCUCACCGACACCACCGAACCCUCAUGAACCAGAACCAUUAGACCCAGAAGCGGCAUUUCGAGAAUCUCUGUUCGAUGCCAUGGCCGAUGAUGAGGGUGCUGCAUACUGGGAGGGCGUCUAUGGCCAACCCGUUCACGUUUAUACUAAAGAGCGCGUGGGACCUACAGGACAUCUGGAACAGAUGACAGACGACGAGUACGCUGCUUACGUACGGGAGAAGAUGUGGGAAAAGACACAUGCCGGUUUACUCGAGGAGCGCGCUCGCCGAGAAGAAGCAAAGAAACACAAAGCUGAAGAGGAUCGCCGCGCGCGAAAACUGCAAGAGGACAUGAAUCGCAGCAUACGCCGUGGUGAAGAGCGCAGAGAGCGCCGGCGUUGGGCACACCAGUGGGAAGACUACACAACUGCCUGGACGGAGUGGAACGGCACACCUGCAACAAUAGCUUGGCCGGUAGAAGGCAAUCGCAUGGAAGAUGUUGAAGAGGCGACCGUGCGCAAAUUCUUCGUCAAUGGGCUGAAUCUACAAGAGAUUGGAGAGAAGGCCUUCGUGGCCAAGCUCAGAGACGAGCGUGUGCGAUGGCAUCCGGACAAGAUCCAGCAAAAGCUGGGAGGAGCGGUGGAUGACGAUACAAUGAAAGGUGUAACUGCCGUCUUCCAGAUCAUUGAUAAGCUCUGGACGGAUAGUCGACCAAAAACGUGA